CCAGGUGGCCCUUCCGCAAUCGGAGCCCUCUUAGGGCAAAGGUGGUAUACACCUGCCCAAAGGGCCCGGGCUCACAGAGGCUGCGGGAUGGAGCGGGGCGCGGGAGCCAAGCUGCUUCUGCUGCUGUGGGCGACGUGCUUUGGGCGUGCAAGAGCAGAUGCGUCGAGCGGCUGCACAUUGGUCAUCGAGGUGACCAGCGGGCGCCCCUGGGGUGACUGGGCCUGGCCAGAGAUGUGUCCUGACGGAUUCUUCGACAGCGGGUUCUCGCUCAAGGUGGAGCCCCCCCGCCAAGGCAUUCCUGGCGACGACGCGGCUCUGAACGGAAUCCGGCUGCACUGCGCGCGCGGGAAUGCGGAGCUCAACACGCACGUGGUGGGGCGCGUGGAGUGAGGCGCUGUGGUGUCCCGGCGGCGGCUUCCUGGUGGCUUUCUCGCUUCGCGUGGAGGCACCCGUGACCCCCGGGGACAACACGGCUGCGAACAACGUGCGCUUCCGCUGCUCCGACAGCACGGAGCUGCAGGGGCCCGGUCUGUCCUGGGGAGACUUUGGAGACUGGAGUGAGCCUUGCCCUAAAGGAGUGUGCGGCUUGCAGACCAAGAUCGAGCAGCCUAGAGGCCUCCGCGAUGACACCGCUGUUAACGACGCGCGCUUUUUCUGCUGCCGCAGUUGACACCAUCGCCGCCCUCUCCCAGCCCAAGCCUAGUCCCACCUCCGCUAUUAAAGCUUCUCUGUCUUG